CUAGAGAUACGUGUCAUCCUGUACGCGGCUGGAGAAAUUUCGCAUAAAUUAUUCUGAUGAGUCUUGGGGCGGGGUUGCGCAUAGAUUAGGCAAAUGAGAUGAGGAGGGAGGGGAGGCCGGCUACGAAUUAGCCUAAGUUAUUAAAGAUGGCGGCCGAGCGGAGUCGCUUCCCGAUGGACUCGCCGGUCCCUGCCUCUAUGUUCGCCCCCGAGCCCAGCUCUCCGGGGGCGGCCAGGGCCGCGGCGGCUGCCGCCCGGCUCCACGGCGGCUUCGACUCGGACUGCAGCGAGGACGGCGAGACGCUCAACGGCGAACCGGAGCUGGACCUCACCAGCAAGCUGAUUCUAGUGAGCCCUACAUCAGAGCAGUAUGACAGCCUACUUCGGCAAAUGUGGGAGAGGAUGGACGAGGGAUGCGGAGAGACCAUAUAUGUCAUUGGGCAGGGAUCAGAUGGGACUGAGUACGGGUUGAGUGAAGCUGACAUGGAGGCCUCCUACGCCACAGUGAAGAGCAUGGCAGAACAAAUAGAGGCUGAUGUCAUCCUCCUCCGGGAACGCCAAGAAGCUGGGGGCCGUGUGCGCGAUUACCUGGUCCGGAAACGAGUAGGAGACAAUGACUUCCUGGAAGUCAGGGUAGCGGUAGUGGGCAACGUGGAUGCCGGCAAAAGCACGCUUCUGGGGGUCCUGACCCACGGGGAGCUGGACAACGGCCGAGGCUUCGCCCGCCAGAAACUCUUCCGCCACAAACAUGAGAUUGAAUCUGGUCGCACCAGCAGUGUGGGCAACGACAUUCUGGGCUUUGACAGUGAAGGCAAUGUGGUAAACAAGCCAGACAGCCAUGGUGGCAGCCUGGAGUGGACAAAGAUCUGUGAGAAAUCCACUAAGGUGAUUACUUUCAUCGACUUGGCUGGCCACGAGAAGUACCUGAAGACCACUGUCUUUGGCAUGACCGGCCAUUUGCCUGACUUCUGCAUGCUCAUGGUGGGCAGCAAUGCUGGCAUCGUGGGGAUGACAAAGGAGCACCUGGGCUUGGCAUUGGCACUCAAUGUGCCUGUCUUUGUGGUGGUCACCAAGAUUGACAUGUGUCCUGCCAACAUCCUGCAAGAAACCCUGAAGCUGUUACAGCGCCUGCUGAAGUCGCCCGGCUGCCGCAAGAUCCCCGUGUUGGUGCAGAGCAAGGAUGAUGUGAUCGUUACAGCCUCCAACUUCAGCUCUGAGAGGAUGUGCCCGAUAUUCCAGAUCUCCAACGUUACAGGCGAGAACCUAGAUCUGCUGAAGAUGUUCCUCAACCUGCUGUCGCCUCGCACCAGUUACCGGGAGGAGGAGCCCGCUGAGUUUCAGAUUGACGACACCUACUCUGUCCCGGGUGUGGGAACAGUGGUGUCGGGGACAACGCUGCGGGGCCUGAUCAAGCUGAAUGACACGCUGCUGCUGGGCCCAGAUCCUUUGGGUAACUUCCUGUCCAUUGCUGUCAAAUCGAUCCAUCGCAAGCGCAUGCCUGUCAAGGAGGUGCGGGGGGGCCAGACGGCCUCCUUCGCACUGAAGAAGAUCAAGCGCUCGUCCAUCCGGAAGGGCAUGGUGAUGGUUUCUCCACGCUUGAAUCCCCAAGCAUCCUGGGAGUUCGAGGCCGAGAUCCUCGUCCUUCACCACCCCACCACAAUCAGCCCGCGGUACCAGGCCAUGGUGCACUGUGGGAGCAUCAGGCAGACAGCAACCAUCCUGAGCAUGGACAAGGACUGCCUGCGCACCGGGGACAAGGCCACCGUGCACUUCCGCUUCAUCAAGACCCCCGAGUACCUGCACAUAGACCAGCGGCUGGUGUUCCGGGAGGGCCGCACCAAGGCUGUGGGCACCAUCACUAAGCUCCUCCAGACCACCAACAAUUCCCCAAUGAACUCCAAGCCCCAGCAGAUUAAAAUGCAAUCGACGAAAAAGGGUCCCCUGCCCAAACGAGAAGAGGGAGGUCCCUCUGGAGGGCCGGCAGUAGGGGCACCCCCAACUGGAGAUGAAGCUUGCUCUCUAGCGGCUGCGCAGCCAGCUGCAUCCGGCGGUCUCCAGCCACAGCCCAAGCCCAGCAGCGGGGGCCGGCGACGGGGGGGCCAGCGUCACAAGGUGAAGUCCCAGGGGGCCUGCAUGCCUCCCGCCAGCGGCUGCUGAAUCUCCCCCAGCCCACCUCCACCACCCAAGGGAUCCUCGUUCUCUGGCCACCGCUCCACCAGAUGGGCCAGAGCAACUCUGACCACCGCUCGCCCUCCCCCCGGCCGCACCCGGAGCCUCGUCAUUCCCCCCGCCCCCGUUUUCCAGGGGGGGUUGUAAUUUAUAAGCUGAGGAAGGUGGCCAGACUUCUGGAGGACUGACCAUCUCCGACCCUCUUCCCCGCCUUCUUCCUCACUCACACCUUUUUUGUACAUCUGGGCCCUUAGUUUUUAUUCUUUUUAUUAUCUGUCUAUCUAGUGUGUGUGUGGGUGUGUGUGGGCGUGUGAGGUGCAGGAGUACGGCCGCUCAGGGCCUGGCAGUCUUCCUCCUUUCUCCUCCGUGGCUGGCCACCAGCCUCCAGGAGCUGGCUGGCUGCCCGUCUGUCUGUCCGUUCGUGUGUCUCGGUGAGAACCUUUCAGGGCUGUCGGGAGCUGAAGCGCGCCCUCCUUCCCUGUGCUCGCUCUCCAGUGCGCCUGGAGCCCCGCCACAGAGCCGCCUCCGGGCUGAGGGGCGUCCAGGGCAAGUAUCUGCUGCUGCCAGAGCAGGGGGCCGUCCUUCUGCGACCUGGGGAUCUUAGCAGAGUGGAGAGCGGUGGUUCCCCUUUUCUCUUUCUCCCUCUUGUUUCCCUCAAACCCCAAACAGGUAAUGCCAAAAGCUCUUAGGCUGUAACUGUAGACGUGUGGAGGGUGUUGGUGACUGAGUCGUAGGACCCUCCUUUCCUCUCUGACCCUUGCCACUGACCUGAAGACAGCUGUAGCUCUUCUUUCCCCUCGGAGACAAUCCUUUGUUUGCCUGGCUGGCUGGGGCGACUCUUCUUCUGCGGAGUCUGCCGAGCUGGGGCUCUCACCUCGCCCUGGGGCCGCCUCCUGCUUGGACUUGGACUCUGAUUCUUGUUGGGCCUCAGGGCCCUGAUGAUCGGGCCUGGGGUCCGCCUGCUCAGGGUCACGGUCAACAGCACCUCCUGUUGGCGGGGGUGCCAGGUGUUCCUCUGAGCCAGGCCGGGACUGGAACCCCUCCUUCCCCACCACGUCGCCCCAGCAUGGCUGCUACAGGAGCCCAGCAGUGAAGGGCCUGAGCCCCAGAUUUGGAAGCUCCAACUGGGGUACGGGGAGAGCAGGUAGGAGGUAGUAAAAAAGAUUCUUCCAGACCCAGCUCAGAGCAUUAAGCCCUUUGGAAGAAUCAUUGCCAGGGGUGGGGGUGGUGUUGCCCAGGCCAGAGAUGGCAGCACGGGCCCUGAACCAGCCUGCUCAGAGCUGUGGACUGAAGCCCUCGCUUUAGGGGGGACUGAUGGGCAGAGAUAUGUUCUUUCUCUAGCCUGGGACGCCCAUCUGGCUGGGUCCCUCCUCAGCCUCGCCUCCCUUCCAUCCCCGACCCUUCGCCGCUGCUCCCCGCUCCUCCCCUCCUGUUUCUAGUUACCACUGACCUGUGGCCAGGGACCGACCAGACCAGCACACAAAAUAAAAGUUUGUUCCAA